GGGGCGGGCUUGGGCCUAAUAAUAUGAAACCAUAAAUUGGCGGGUCUCGCGGUUUCGACCCGAGCGGUUUAUGGAUUUAGCGGGCCGACCCGAUGCGGAUUAGCGGGUUCUCGGGCUGAACCGCCUAAAUUGGUUAUAUGUUCUUCAUUUCUAAAACUUCAUCGCUUUCGUGUUCUGACCAUUAAAUUCUGAAAAAAAUAAAUUCAGAGGAGUCAAUUAGGCAGUUUACAUCAUUUGGAUCUCAGAUUCUGAUCACUUUCGAAAGUUUCGAUGCAUUGUGCAUGCUUGAUGCAGCCUCUAGGGCGUUGAUUCGGGAGCUCGGUUUAUCGGUGUUUGAAUUUUCGAGUUGGCAACCUCCAGAAUCCGGAUCAUCAUCCGCUGAAUUUGGAGCUCGUAUGGGACACGUGCCCCACUAUUUACAACACGAAAUGUAUGUUCUCUCUGCAAAGAACAAACGUGUUUCGAUUCAGCUUUUGAGAGGAGACACGAUCCAUGAUAAGUUUAUUCGGUUUGAGGAGCUCCUCUUCCUUAUCUUGGCGUUAGCUCUCUUGGAGCUUCCUCUGAUUUGGGUUCAAUUCUACCAAGUUUUA